UACCUCUUUCCGAUUUUCUUUAUUCAUAUUGGUUUCUGUCGUGCAGUGCUUUUCAAAGUAAAAAUCGAAUUAAAAUUUUAACAUAAAACUCAUGUUGUGCACAAAAGAGUUUGUAGUCUAUAUUAGAACGCGAACUGCAUGAAUACAAAAGCCACACGGUUACUGUAAUGUUUGUUCUUUAACUUAAAAAGUGUCGUCUUUAUAUACUGUACAUUUCCCUAUAUGCAUUUAAUAAAAAUUUUAUCAAUAUUAAGACUUGAUAUGUAUGGGUUUAAUAUGGCGGAUAGUUAUUACUAUCAUCACGGGACAAAUGUUUGGCUUUAUAGAUUGUAUUUUCCCUUAAAAAAACAUAUAACCUCAAGUGACUUUCUUAACGUAUUAAUGUCGUUUGGAUGUGCAGGAAAUCUAUACGUUGGACCAUUCAUCAAGUAAGCCAAUUCCGAAAAGAUGUCAUUCUAAAUCUCAGUUGGUGUUGGCUUCACAUCGUAUUCUUCUUUUUCAUCCGAUGGACUUUCAGCGAUAACCCUAUGGAAUUUCGCUACUGGGAUGGCAUGUUCUUGCAAACUUUUCGACUUCUUAAUAUGAUUAUCUCUCGCUGUUUAUUUGUGCCAAUUGAAGAGUUUCAUCAAUACUUAAAUUCUUAUUUUCCUCAGAUUCUCUAAAUAUUUGAAAUGCUUUUUAUUCAAUUUCCAAGACUACAAAUCUAUAGUAAAUAAAACUUUAAAAUUAUCUUUAACACGAGAAAUUAUUAUUUAAUGAAUGGGACCUGUAGCAACACCGCAGACGACUAAUGCUACAAAAGGCUAAAGACUACAGCGAACAACAGUUCAACAUCUAGACGACCAACAGUCCAAU